AUGGGAAAACAAGAUGCCUCAGCCACGGUAUCAGUCGAGAGUACACCGUCGUCUACGGAAAAUCGAACAUGGUAUCGCACUACACUUUUCAAUGCCUUCGUUAUUGGCGGAGUAGGCUUCAUGGCCCCUGGGCUGUGGAAUGCCAUGAACUCCCUGGGUGCCGGAGGUGCCCAAUCGCCCUUCUUGAUCAAUGCUGCGAAUUCGCUUGUUUUUGGCCUGAUGGGAUUCUUGUGUCUCCUUGGAGGGCCAAUUGCGAAUCGGAUCGGACUGAACUGGACGCUGUUGCUGGGAGCUAUCGGAUAUCCAAUUUAUUCCGCUGCGUUAUAUACGAAUAACCGCUAUGGAAAUGUCUGGUUUGUCCUCGUGGGAUCGGUGGCUUGUGGAUUAUCGGCCGGACUCUUCUGGGCCUCGGAGGGUGCUGUUGCACUGGGCUAUCCGGAGCCAUCCAAGCGAGGCAGAUACAUGAAUAUAUGGCUUUGGUUCCGUACUGGCGGACCUUUGCUGGGUGGUGCGAUUGUAUUGGGACUGAACAAUGAUACCGGUUCGAAGAGCAAGGGGAAGAUUGGUUCCGAGACGUAUCUAAUUUUCGUUGCCCUUCAAUGUCUUGCUGCGCCUCUGGCUAUUUUCUUAUCGCCGCCUGAAAAGGCCCAACGCAGCGAUGGAAGCAAGGUGGUUGUUAUUCGGGAAGAUUCAUGGCGAAAGGAGAUGCGUGCACUUUGGAAACUCAGUCGUCGUAAGGAGGUUCUCCUGCUUCUGCCGGUCUUCUGGGCAGCAUACUUCAACCAGUACAGCAAAAAUUUUCAAACGUACUACUUUGGUGUUCGAGCCCGUGCCCUGAUCGGGUUUGUCAGUAACUUUGCAAACCUGAUAUCCUCUGGAAUUAUCAGCCGAUUCCUCGACUACCAGAAGAUAUCGACCAAAAAGCGGCUCAUGUACAGUUUCUACUACGUGGUCCUCCUCCACAUUGCCGCUUGGGUGUACGGCUGGGUCAUCCAAGAAAAAUACACUGUCAACCCGCCUUCCCUGGACUGGACUGAUCCGGGCUUCACCGAAGGGUUCUUUGUGAUUCUGCUCUGGGAUUUCUCCCAGCAGGCGCUGCAGAAUCUUCUCUACUAUCUGGUCUCCACGAUGACAGAUAAUAUCUCUGAGCUGUCACGACUCACCGGUAUCUUGCGCGGACAGGAGAGUUUCGCGCAGGCGGUAUCGUUCGGCCUCAAUACUCAGAGCUGGACGGGAGGGAGGGUUCCUCUCGCUGUUAAUACGAUCUUACUUGGUAUCGCUGUCUUUCCUACCUGGCUAGUGAUUAGGGACCAUGUCCCUAUUGAGCACGUCGAAUACACUACGUCAGAGAGAGUGGAUGAAGAGAAUGGGAUUGUGGAGAAGUAAUGGUGAGACUGGUGGAAGUAGCAGCCGCUUGCUAGUAUAUAUAUACUUACAAUCUGGGUGUGUAUGACACUACAGAUUAGUAGCAGGAUACAACAAUCCAUGCGAUAUCAGAUGAGAUAUAUACACAGCACACCGUCUAAACAAACAGUAUGCAAAUGAAGAUCCAGAACAUGCAUCAUCCAACCAGUGAACUGCAGAAUAUCCUCAUGGAUUGUGGCUGAGUGGUGAUGACGAUGAUGUGAUCCGCUGGUGCGAUUGGCGGACUAAGGCUCCACCCCCAGGUUUUAACCGACGUUCCAGGCAGAAACCCAAGCAUGUCAGGCCACUCUCGUCACUGCCCGCUUCUUCUCCACUGGACACUUUGGACAACCAUAAGUCUUGUUC